UUUUAAUUUGAUUGAAAGAAUAUUUUACGUUCGAGUGUGAAGCAGUUCGUGUAACCUAUGUCAAAGUGGUAAAAGAUGUCGAAAACGCCCGAAUCCGAGCAGGUGCCCGAAGUUAUUGAUGGAAAAAAUAUUGCAACUUCAGGGGUCUCAGAGGAGCUUUCCUCGGAUAAUGAGAAAACAGACGAAACGAGAAGCGAUGCCAUAGUUCAGGAAGAAGCUCUGGUGAGCGCAACAGACGACAGUCAAUACCCGACGGGAUUGCGACUAGUCAUCAUUGUUGUGGCUCUGUUUCUGGCAGUCUUCUUAUACGCAAUUGAUAUGACAAUUGUUGCAACGGCCAUUCCCAAGAUUACCGAUGAUUUCCACAGUCUCGAUGAAGCCACAUGGUAUGGAUCUGCCUUUUUCAUGACGACGGCUGGUUUCCUAUCGGCAUGGGGCAAGGCAUACAAGUACUUCCCGCUAAAGCCCAGCUUCCUCCUCGCCAUGUUCAUCUUCGAAGUCGGUUCUCUCAUCUGCGGCGUUGCGCCAAACAGCAAAGCACUCAUCGUCGGACGAGCCAUUACAGGUGUUGGCGCGGCAGGUUUGGGAUCGGGCGCUUACACUAUCGUCGGUUACUCGACUACGCCUGCGAAGCGUCCUCUGCUCAUGGGUAUUAUUGGAGCAUCUUACGGAAUUGCAAGUGUUGUUGGACCUGUCAUCGGUGGUGUUCUGACUGAUCAUGCGACAUGGCGCUGGUGCUUCUACAUCAACCUCCCCAUCGGAGGAUUCUCAGCGCUCAUCAUCUUCUUCUUCUUCACGGCUCCAAAAGAAGCCCGGCCGGCUCCAGCAACUCCAUUGGAAAAGUUCCUCCAGAUGGACCCUCUCGGUAUCAUUCUCGCCAUGGCCGCAACCAUCUCCUUCAUCCUCGCAUUCCAGUACGGAGGCCAAGAGUACCCAUGGUCAAGUUCUGUUGUUGUCGGUCUUCUAGUUGGCUCUGUUGUAAUCACUAUUGCGUUUGUCGCAGUGGAAAUACUACAGACCAAGGAUGAUCGCGCAAUGAUCCCACCACGCCUCAUGAAAGAGUUUAAUAUUUGGUCGCUUUGCCUUUUCACAACUUUUAAUGCCGGCACGUUCUUCCAAGCCAUCUAUGUACUACCGAUCUACUUCCAGAGUGCAUAUGGCGUCUCCGCGACGGGUUCUGGUGUGCGCAGUUUGCCAUUCAUUGUUCCCUGGGUCAUCGCAUCUCUGGUAUCAUCUGCCGUCAUUCAAAACACUGGCAUUGCGAAGCCAUGGUUGCCGUUUGGUGCCGCGUUGGCCACUGUUGCGAGCGGCCUGUUUUACACACUUGACAUUGGAACCAGCAACGGUAAAUGGAUUGGAUUCCAGCUUCUUGCCGGCAUUGGCUGGGGCUCCAACAUUCAGAUUCCCAUGAUCACUGCUCAGGGAACGUCCAAACCCGCGGAUCUGUCUCUUAUUACUGCCAUUAUUCUUUUCUUCCAAACUGUUGGCGGUGCCCUCUUCGUCUCAGCCGCCCAAGGAUCCCUCGUUGCCAAGUUGAUCUCUGAAUUGCCUAGCAAAGCUCCUUCAGUAGAUCCAGCCAAGGUCAUCGCAGCAGGAGCGACCGGAAUUCGUGGUGUAUUCCCAGCAGAAGUCAUUCCUGGCAUUUUGGAAUCCUAUUUGGCAGGCAUCAGAGUUGCAUUCGCCAUCAUGAUUGCAGGGGCUGGUUUUGCGACCGUGACAUCCGUCAUUGGUAAGUGGAAUAAGUUGGACAAGGCAGCUGUUAAGGGUGCUGGUGGAGGAGCAUAAACAAAUCACACAACAUGUAGGAAGGGUGAAAACUAUUUGCAUCAAACGGAAUUUUGGGCUUGUGACCGGAAAAGGAAUUUUCAUUACUGCAACUGUUGAAGGUAUGUACAACAGUAACUGCUUGGCUUUACCAAAGAUGGUGUCAACAGUCGGAUUUGCGAUAUAUAUCCACGGAUAGAGAAGAACAGAAUGCCUGGGCAAUCUGUUGGUAGUAAAUCAACUAGAUGUUUAAUUAAAUACAUAGCGCUAUUUCUCCCCUCU